UGCCCUAAGUGGGAUAGAUCCACCCUUCUCUCUCUUACUUUUUUUUCAAAUUUUUCCUCUGUCUUCUCUCUUCUCCUCCAGCCCCUCUGCUUGGGUUUUUGCAGGGGUUGCCGCCGGCACCUCUUGGUGACCGGCGGUAGCCCAUUUUUCUUUCAUCUUCCUUGCUUUUUUAUGCUUCCUUGCCACCUGUUUGGCCUUUUUCAAUCGGAUUUUCCAGCUUUUUAGCUUCUUCUGCCUUUAUGGCCUUUCGUUGCCCUGUUCUAGGGGUUCCUUUCUGGAUUUGCUCUCCUUGGAGUUGGGUUAUGCAUCUAGAGGUCUCCUCUUUAGAUGGUGGGUUCAACAACAUGCAUGGUGAAUCGAUUCAUUGUUUUCCCCUCCGUUCCCCCUGUUGGUAGUCAUUUGCCUCUUGGUCGGCGUCGGUGGAAGGAAGGCGAUGUCUGGCCCUUCACUACAAGAAAAUUGAUCUUUCAUAACGGGAUUUUAAUUACGGGAUUUUUCCCAUUGCUAAAUAUUUUACGGUUGUCACGGGAAAUAGUUCCCAUAAUUAAUUGAGCUGGACAAUCUUGAUUUACAAUGGGAUAUCAGCCCGUAAUCAUAGAGUGAGAGUUUCCCGUGACAGAUGAAAAAGCCAAAAUACUUGGCGGUAAACGAAAUGCAUUUGCCUCCCUUUUUUUUUUUUUUUUUUGAAACUUGCCUCCCUUUUUUUCGUUUUCGCUCCAAAGUUGGGAAAAGUGGGACUUUGUUUUGGCCAAUGAAAGAAUGGAUGAGACCCAAAAUCAUUAAAAAUAAAAACAAAAAAAAAGUGCACCUGGUUUCUCAUUUUGGCUUCCCAAAAUCCCUAGCUUGAAAUCAGAUACUCCCCACCUCCUUGUUCGUUCCCCAUCACCAGCCUCCUUGUUCCCUGCCCAUCGCCGGUGUUCCUUACCCCAUCAACAUCGUUCCUUUCCCUGUUACCUGCAUCCCUUAAACCCUUACUCCAUCCCUUCGUUCCUUCUCCCAUCGACGGUGUUUCGUCCCCCAUCGGCGCCGUUCCUUCCUUCCAUUCAAUCGUUCCUAUCACCUGUAAAAUGGAACACACCUCGCUCAUUUUGUGGAACGGGUGAAGGUCGAAUCAGUCUCGAGGGGAAGGAUUGAAAAGGUUCCUUCCUUAAACCAUAUCGUGCCGCCCUCUGUUGAAUGGAAUGCCCCUCAGCUGCAAGCAUGUCGAGCUGGGGAAGUUGAGAAGCUGAGAGCAGACCACUAAGCCGCUGAUCUCCAGCUUGCUCGAUCCCUGUAUGAGUUUCGCAUUCCGCUUGAUGAAAAAUCAUCUCCUUGCCUCUGUACAAACUCAUCUUCACACUUAAGGUUUUUUUUUGGUGCUGGUGGUUGGUAUCUAGUUGCAGAAGGGAGACUCUUGGAUUCACGGUGCCAAGUUGGGGUUUAGCUAGUAUUUGAAGGUUUGUGUGGGUCCUUUUGUUGUUAGUAGUCUUGUCCACAUACGGUUCCAUCUUGGGUUUGUGGUGACAAAAGGCUUCUGUUGCUACUAAGCUAUUGGCUUGUGGAGAACUUGGAGAUCUAAAAUGAACUGUGAACAUGUGAAGAACCAUGACAACUUGGAAGACAUCCUCAAUGAUGUUCCGGAAUUCCUAAGUAAAGAGGAUUGGGAGUGGCUCGUGAAGGAAAAGUUCCUUUGUAAAGAAUUUAAGGAAGAGAAGUUUGGAAGACCUCCAACUGUAGCUGAGCUAGUGUUUGAGACCUAUAAAGAAGGAGACACGAUAAAAGAUGAUGCAGCAAAUGAAAGACAUGCUAAAAUACUUGAGAUAAUGGAAGCAAAUCCGGACUUCACUGCACUUGAAGUGGUAGAAGCAAUCUUAGGAGAACAAAAGCGUGGUCAUGUGAUUUGUUUUGGAGGUGGCUUGAGGCCUAAGGAUUUAAAGAGCUCAACUUCCACAAAGGAUGCAACGGAUGCGAAUUUGGAAGCCCAAUUAAGACGGUCAGAUGAAGAAAAGGAAGCUCUUCAACAGUCUGUCAUCGAACUGAAGGGUACUGUUUCCGAACAAGCUGAAGAGAUGGCCAAUAUGAAGGCUGAAAUGAAGAAGUUGCAAGAGAUGUUCGCAAGUAGUCAAAAUAGACAACAUUAGAUCUGCAACACAAGUUGGUGGCUUAAACCAAGGUGAAGCAUAACAAGAGUAGUUCGACCUUGCACGUUGUGGAGUGCAAUGCUCGGAGCAUUUCGAUCCUCUACCCUUUCCACCGCCAUGUAAUCCCUCACAAGAGAUUCACUGUGUUGAGCGUCUUCGAGCGACUCCCAGGAGGCGGCAUUUGGCGUUGUAUUCAAUUGUCAUGGACUCGGUUGGAUCGGACGAGCUGAUUAUGCUUGGUGCUCUUUGAUUGGUUUGUUUGCAAGGGAGCUUUCGGUGUCUUCUGGAUCUGAUUCAAGUGUUGCUGAUGUUUUGGUUUGAUAUUUUCUGUGUUCUGUUCUUCUCGUUUUGUAUUCCUUUAACACAGAUUGUACAACCGUGUGCUUAUGUUUGGCUUGCCUUGAUCUUUUAUGGGCUUCUUUAUUUGGCUUCCCUUGUAACUUUUCUUUCAAAGAGCAAUACAAGUAAAUCCUUUGUCAAAAAAAAAAAAAAAA